AUGGCUCUCUUGGUCUCCGCCUCCUACGCUCUCCAGGAUGUUGUCGCCUGCACCUCUCAAGACCUCAGCUCGUUGAAGGGCUCGGCACUGCUGGUCGUAGAGGUGCUGCACCAGACCCAGACACGCAAAUUCAUGGCCGAGAAGGUGUACAAGCUUGUGUGGGAUGCGGACACGGAGCAGCUCAACGCCGAGGAGGAAACCUUCGUGGAUAACAUGGCCUGCUACGUGACCUCAAGCACGGAGAAGACUUACUGCACGACCGUGAUCUGCUUGACGCGCAGCACGCCGAGCGCAUGCAACCGGAAGGAGCGCUACGACUGCAGCACGAGCACGUACUCAUUCAGCUGCAAGGUCGCGUCCGAAGUCGAGAACCUGCUCGUCGUGCCUACGGACGACGAGGCUACCACCGUGGACCCUGCGAAGACGGAAAGUGAGAUCCAAGGCGGCGGCGCCCAUGUAAGUAAAGGCACCGCGUCCGUGCUCCGACAGCUCAACAAGAACGCGGACCCGACGGUAGCUCCGAGGCAGAUCCGCUGA